AGAAAAAAAAAGAGUUGCAAGACACUAUCAUCAUGUACCAUAAAAUAUUAAACAAGUUAAAUUUCUUUACCAAUCUUUUGACUAAAAUUCCUACUUUGCUUUCUCAUUUCCUGACAAUAUCGACAAGAAGCAACAAGGACUAAAAUGCAAUGAUCAUUAUCCAAGAUCACACUCCAUGACAUGUGCUUGCUCUUAGACUAGGCUAGCUAGACCAUACUUUUUAUUAUGACACUAGACUUUCAAAGGGGCAUGAACUUCAUUGAAUCCCUCCCAUCCCCAUUCAUUCGACCCCAACCACAACUGAACCCACAUAUCACACAUUUCAUUUUUAUUCAACUUUGAAACUCAAGUCUAAGGCGCUGAACGUCUGAGAUGAAGUGCUUGGAGCAUUGGAUUUUAAGGAUUCAAGUUCAAGAUCUUCUUUUUUCUAACUUCAUCCUCCUUGCUUGCUUAAAUUUUGUUGAUUCGGGUCUCGAUUCGGGUUCGGGUCAAACUCAGUCAACACCGAGCCAACACGGGUCAACCUGGUCAGUUUUGAGGUACGGGUCAGCGCAGUCAGUCUUGGGGUUCGGUUCAACACGGUCAACUUGGUUCAGGACCGGGUCAACACAGGUCAAUGCAGUCAGAUUUGAUGUUCGGGUUCGGGUCAACGGUGGUCAAACUUGGUCAACAGGUCGGUUUUGGUGCUCGGGUCAACAUGGUCAACCGUGGUCAAUGCAGUCAACUACAAUCAAACUUGGUCAACUCAAGUCAACUAGUCAACACGAGACCCGGAAUACUAUAGAUGCACGCUAGCUACCUCACAUUCUUGGAAUGACAUCACGGAAUCACAC